GAAAGCACAACACAGAACAACAACAACAACAAGAAGCAAGAGUCGGAUAUGGCCACGCUCAACCCUCUGCCGCAGAGCCUGAAAGGCGAAUGCGACAAGGCCGCCAAGAUUCUGCGAGAGUUCACCAUCCCAUCCAGCAAAGCUGGCGCCGACAAGCUCAUUCCAAAGACGCUGCUGUCGUCAUGCAAAGGCCUGGCCAUCAUCACCGUGAUCAAAAUGGGCUUCCUCUUCACCAUGCGCGCUGGGUCCGGGCUGAUCAUUGCGCGACUCCCCAACGGCGAGUGGAGCGCCCCUUCGGCGGUGGCACUGGGCGGCAUGGGCGGCGGGCUGGAGAUUGGCGGCGAAAUCACCAACUUUGUCAUCGUCCUUAACACAAAGUCGGCUGUCACGGCCUUCUCCAAGGGAGGCAACGUCACCAUUGGUGGCAACAUGUCUGUUGCCGCUGGUCCUAUGGGCCGCAACAUUGAAGCAGACGUGUCCAUUCGCAGCCCCGCCGCCAUCUACACUUACAGCCGCACCCGCGGCCUCUUCAUUGGCAUGAGCAUCGAAGGCUCUGUCCUCAUGGAACGCAAAGGCGCAAACAGAAAGAUUUAUGGCCAGGACGUUCGUGCCAAGUCCCUCCUCACAGGCGUGUACCCGCCACCACAGGAGGCAGCCAAUCUGUAUCGCGCGCUGUCAGAUGUCAGCGGCGGCACAACAGCUGUGAUGGCCCAUCGUGCCUCCAACGCGUUUGAACACGCCGCCCGCGGCCGAAACAGCAGCUUUUCUUCGUCGUCGCGCCGCAACACAGCGUCGUACUCGGACGCCCCACCCCGCCCAUCCCGCUCGAGGGCCGCCAUGUCAAGACUGAAGCAAGGCCUCACCUCUGUGCGCAACAAAGCAAGUAGUAACAGCAGCAGCAGCAAUGGCGGCAGCAAGAAGACUGGAUUCAGUCGCAGCGACGCUGAGUACGACGACGGGCACACGCCAGCGCACGGGUUCUUCGCGUCUGUGAACAAGCAAGGGUCCACGCGUGACAGGGACCCAGCACCACGCACACGCCGACCAGCAGCAGGGUCCACAACCAGUGACUCCCUCGAUUGGUCAAACCCAACAGCCAAGGCGUUGUUUGACUUUGAGGGCACGAUGCCGUGCGACCUGUCCUUCCGAAAGGGGGCGGUGAUUGAGGUGCUGACGCGGACAGACACGCACAACGACUGGUGGGAGGGACGCAUCUUUGACCGCGUGGGCAUUUUUCCCGCCAACUACGUCAAGAUGCAGUCGUGAUCACGGCUGCUGCUGCUGAUGAUGGUGCUGCUGCUGACGAUGAUGAUUUGAGAAGGUUUCAACGCCGACCUUGGACGGCACAACAACUGCUCGCUGGCGUGACCUUGUGUUUAAUUGCAAAUAAACUACCUGCCACACCA